CGUUGUUCGGCAGCUGCAAACUGGAAAGUCCCUGACAGCCAGGGAGGCUUCAGACAGGAAGACUACGAUGAGGUUUGUCCAUCCACAUGAAGGAUAUUAAUAUUGUCUUUGUUUUGCUACCUCCGCGGAUAAAAAAACAUCUGUGUGGUUGUGAUUUAUUUUCGAGUAACGUUAGAUGCUCUUUUACGAGUGCUAUCUUAUAUCCCUGUGCAAGCUAGUUCUUUGUGUGGCUAACGUUAGCUGCUAGCAGAGGGAUGUUUUGUUUUUGUUAAAGCCCUCCCGUCGUCUGGGAGAGGAGCCUCAUCAGCUGUGCAUGGAGAAACGCCUUCUCUUCUGCUGACAUUACGUUAUCUCUGAAAUUGGCCCGUGAAAUCCCGCUGAGUAGCGUUAGUAAAGCGACACCGAGAUAGGGGAGAGUUUGACCGAAGGAAGGAGAUGGGAAACUGUCUGAAGUCCCCAACCUCGGAUGAUAUUUCUUUGCUACAUGAAUCUCAGUCGGACCGUGCCAGCUACGGAGACGGUGCUGACCCCGACCUGGAGCCACCGCCCCCCUAUCAGGAGCAGAUCCAUGUGCCUAUCUAUCACCCAACACCCAGCCAAGCACGACUGGCCACUCAGCUGACAGAGGAGGAGCAGGUUCGCAUCGCACAGCGAAUCGGACUCAUCCAACACCUCCCGAAGGGCGUGUACGACCCAGGGCGCGAUGGCUCUGAGAAGAAGAUCAGAGAGUGCGUCAUCUGUAUGAUGGACUUUGUGUACGGAGACCCCAUUCGGUUCCUGCCCUGCAUGCACAUCUAUCACAUGGACUGUAUAGAUGACUGGCUGAUGAGAUCCUUCACCUGCCCCUCCUGCAUGGAGCCUGUGGACGCCGCGCUGCUUUCUUCCUACGAGACCAACUGACAUACACACACACACACACACACACACACACACACACACACACACACACACACACACACACACACACACACACACACACACACACACACACACACACACACACACACACAAGUUAGCCUGCUGGACAGGAUUAGAGGAAUGAACAGAGUGUUAGUGUUAAGGAUGAGCAGGUAGGAGCUGGAUCGAGGAGAGCGGUAAAAGACAGGAACGGACAAUGGGGGUUAUGAGGAUACAAGUGUAAAGGGAAGUCAAGGGGAGGGGAUGAUGGUAAACUGAUAUGAUUAUGACAUUUCCAAGAUCCUCUUUUAUAUGCGUGAAUACACAAACAACCGUUCCCAUUCACACCAUAUAGGAUUAAGGUAAUGUGACCACCAUCAUCAGGCUGCAGAUUGUGCUUAAUGGACUGCUGAAGCCUGAUUGCUAUAAUGUCCCACUGCAAGACGAGAGGAAAGAAACGCCCUUCAGAAGAUCUACCAGAUGCUUUGACAUGUCUACAAAGGGUAUGACUCCACACACACUGUUGCAGAGUCAUAUCUGCUUGCAAAACUGCUACUGAUGCAGAUGUGUGAUUUAAAGACUGCUGGAACUGCACGUCAGACUUGAGACUACGGACAUCAGAUAUGUUCUGCAGACACACCACAGGCCUUCACUGGACCAAGGCACCCAGGCCCGUAGUUGUCUGUCUGUAAAGACCUUUUGUGAGAAAAAUAAGAUUGGUCGUUUGAUGGAUUGAUCGUCCCGUAGCUUUGUGAAAUCUGUUCUGUGUUUGUUUUGUCAGUCAGCAUAAGGGCUUCGUCGAACCAGUAUAACACAGAUAUGACAGAGGAAAUACAGUAUGUGCUUUUGUCACUAAUGUUAUCGAUAGCUGGUCGACUGUUGCUUUCAAGCUAUCGACUCCUCAUGACUUUCUCAGUCACAGUGAGAUCUCAGAUUAUUGGCCAAAGCACUAGUAGACCAGUUAACAAACCAUUGAUACAAAUCAGUGGUAUUUGCACUUCUUAUAUUAGACUUAUGACAAACGUUGACCAUAUGCAUUUAGUAAUUAUGUCAAAGUGAAGUAUGUGAUUUCAAGGAUGGAAUUAAAAACAUACACAAGG